CCUCACCCCAACGCCUUAUCCCAUGCAACGAUUACGUGUAAGCGCGAGAGACUAAUAUCCCAACCAUGCGAAUAUUGCUCCUGCUCCUAAUACAAGCUGCCGUGGCAGCAGCCGCCGCCGACCAAUUCCAGCACUGGUACAAACAAUUCCGCUCGCAGAUUGAAUUCGUCCUCAACAACAACUGUUCCGAACAAUACCAAAACUACCUCAACAAAACCCCCGGCUUCGACCCGGAAUACCAGCUCUGGUAUGACCCGACAAAAGGCAGUGCCUUGACCGCACCCCUGGUCUCUUGUAUGCUAAGCAACCUCCCGGAAAAUGUGAAAGCCAAUAUGGCCAACGCGGGGGUCAUCCUUGGCCUCCUCCCGACCAUGCUCUCCAUGCUCGGUUCCAACACCGUCGACACAGCAAUCCUGGCACGGGUCGCAGGCCGACCAUUCCUCUCGCUAUGUCUGGCCCUGGGAUCACCGGCAGUGCUACCGGACCGACCCUUCGAAUACCCCAACGUGAAAGCACUCCUCGGCGCCGACGGGAUCAAGAAAAGGAUACCCAUCCCCAAACCGGGCAGGGGCACAUGGAUCCUCAUCUCAGUGCUCGAGUAUAUCGUCGCGUUAGGCGCUGUCGCGAACAUCGCGACCGUCUGCUACCAGCUAGGCAUCCAGUGCAUAUGCAACUACGCGACGGAAGUCACCACGCAGCCACUCAUUUGGGCGUUCAUCAUCGCCCUCAUUCAUAUCGGGGGAACCAUCGCUCUCUCACUCCGCUACCGCGUUAUCCGAACCCCUGUACAAGAACCCCGUAUUGCGCGGCCGAGUUGGUUUCGGAGAUAUCUCGUCCGGGAAAUAACUCCAUCGUUGUACUCUACUCCACCUCCGGACGUCGACGAGAUCGAAGAGUCAUAUCUAUUUCUCCUGCUUUCAUGGUGCGUCUCCACCGGCGCGGUGGUUCAUAUCCUGUAUGGGACGAUGGUGCUUUCCAGCUUGUUGUUCAUUUCAGUUCAAGAUGCACUCGCGAACGCAGGGCGGUUUCUUGCGUCUGUUGUGUGUUGUCGCGCUGUGUUGGCAUAUGAACUUGCUGGGUUGAGGCAGGCGAAGGCUGGGAAGAUGGGGGAUGGGGAGGGAUCCGAGGCCUUUCAGUUGAGGCGGAGGUGAGAGAGAGCUAUACUAAGGGUGUAAUAAUGCGCUAUUAGGUAGAGAAUUCAUUUCAACACUUUAAUAGUGUUCUUCAGUAAAUAACUGUACCAGUAUUAAUUAUCGCGAUUGUAUAUCCCAAGUUCAAGAGACUGAGAUGGACGACGUGAUACGGGUAGACUCCCGGAUCUUCGGACAGGAUUAUAUAUAUCUGAAAUCCUUCUGUCCGGGAACUAACUUCGUAUGCUGUGUUGG